UUACCUACAGUAGCGACACCUGACGGGUAGUCAGCCUCGGCCAGGUGGCGGGUAAUGUUCCCUUUAACUGUCCAGGCACCCAAGUGACGGAUAACACUUUCCUGUAACUAUACAGGCAGCCAGGUGACGGAGAAUACUUUUCUGUAACUGUACAGGCAGCCAGGUGACGGAUAAUACUUUCCUGCAACUGUCCAGGCAGCUAGGUGACGGAUAAUACUUUCCUGUAACUGUCCAGGCACCCAGGUGACGGAUAACACUUUCCUGUAACUGUACAGGCAGCCAGGUGACGGAGAAUACUUUCCUGUAACUGUCCAGGCAGCCAGGUGACGGAUAAUACUUUCCUGUAACUGUCCAGGCACCCAGGUGACGGAGGAUACUUUCCUGUAACUGUCCAGGCACCCAAGUGACGGAUAACACUUUCCUGUAACUGUACAGGCAGCCAGGUGACGGAGAAUACUUUCCUGUAACUGUCCAGGCAGCCAGGUGACGGAGAAUACUUUCCUGUAACUGUCCAGGCAGCUAGGUGACGGAUAAUACUUUCCUGUAACUGUCCAGGCAGCUAGGUGACGGAUAAUACUUUCCUGUAACUGUCCAGGCAGCCAGGUGACGGAUAAUACUUUCCUGUAACUGUCCAGGCAGCCAGGUGACGGAUAAUACUUUCCUGUAACUGUCCAGGCACCCAGGUGACGGAGGAUACUUUCCUGUAACUGUCCAGGCACCCAGGUGACGGAGGAUACUUUCCUGUAACUGUCCAGGCAGCCAGGUGACGGAGGACACUUUCCUUUAACUGUCCAGGCAGCCAGGUGACGGAGAAUACUUUCCUGUAACUGUCCAGGCAGCCAGGUGACGGAGGAUACUUUCCUUUAACUGUCCAGGCAGCCAGGUGACGGAGGAUACUUUCCUGUAACUGUCCAGGCAGCCAGGUGACGGAGGAUACUUUUCUGUAACUGUCCAGGCAGCCAGGUGACGGAGGAUACUUUCCUGUAACUGUCCAGGCAGCCAGGUGACGGAGGAUACUUUCCUUUAACUGUCCAGGCACCCAGGUGACAGAGGAUACUUUCCUGUAACUGUCCAGGCAGCCAGGUGACGUAGAAUACUUUCCUGUAACUGUCCAGGCAGUCAGGUGACGGGUAGUACUCUCCCAUAACUGUCCAGGAAAGCAGGCAGCAGGAAGUCCGCCCAGCCUUGACUCAAGCUGCACACAUCACCAAGAAGCAGAAGCUGCUGUGACAGAGAGGGGAUUCACUAUGGUGUGCGACAAGUGUCAGAAGAAGUUGGGCAGUGUCAUCACCCCGGACACCUGGAAAGACGGUGCACGAAACACAACAGAGAGUGGAGGACGCAAGAUAAAUGAAAACAAGCUUCUUACUAGCAAGAAGAAUCGCUUUAACCCAUACACUACUAAAUUUGUGGAAUGUCGAAUUUGCCGGACGAAGGUUCACCAGGCUGGCUCCAACUUCUGCCAGGGUUGUGCUUACAAGAAGGGCAUUUGUGCCAUGUGUGGCAAAAAAAUAAUUGACACAAAAAGUUAUUGUCAGUCAUCAGCCUGAAAUGUCAAUCAGUUUAAGAGUAUCUGUGAAUGUGAAGGACUUUCUUAUUUCAUAAUACAGUACUUGGUUUAUGAUUAACAGUACUAUAUCCUGUUAGUUUGUAGUACUAUUAUUGCUAAAUUUAAUAACUGUAACAUGUGAUGAAGAGUGUAAAUGAAACAUUAGAGGCACUGAAGCACUCUAGUAGAACAGUGAAAACUCUUGUAUGGAUUAAUGCAUGCUAAAGAAUAUUUGCAUAAUGACCAAUCGGGAUUUUGCAACUUUGCCACAUUUUUGGCCUUUUUGAUAUAAAUAAUAUGACACUUAUGUUUUUAUAUUUUAAUGGGUACACAUGACAAAAAUUCCUGUACUGUAAUUGUUUUUAAUGGAAGUACAAAAAAGUAUAUAGGAAAUGAUAAAUUUUGACUUAGGACUUUAGAGAGGUGCUGCCUUGUCAUUCCAGGGGGCCAAAGGAGGCAUGUUUGAGAACUUGGCUUACAUUAUGUACACAACUACAUAAAUCACUCUGUUGUUUCGCAAAAAUAAUAUUCUGUACAUCACUAAAUGUAUGUGUUAAAGAUUGAGGUACAGUUGGUGACCAGCCCCCCCUUCCCCCCCACUCCGUCUCGCUGUUGUAUCUCUCAGUAGUCGAUAGUUGGUGAGUAUUCCCUCUCACAGUACCUCCCUCCUCAACACGGUGACCAGCCACCACUACUUCCUCUCUCGGUUCCUCCUUCCUUAACACGAUUGGUGACCAGUCACCACUACUUCAUUUCACAGUUCCUCCCUCCUCAACACAGCUGGUGCCAAGUCACUGUGCAGUCAUCGGGAGGACAUACCUUCAUGCAAACUGCACAUAUUACGAAGACCAGUCACUACUACUUCCUCUCACAGUUCCUCCUCCCUCAACACAGCUGGUGGCCAGCCUGAGCAAAGUUAAAUAAGGUUCUGCUGUACAUGUACAUAUCAGUGCCAGUGAAGCUGGUCAUAUGAGACAUCACUCACCUCUUUUUUUUCCGUUCUGUACUGGUAGUGUACGUGAGAAAUGUCACAUUUUGACCAGACAUGGAGUGAACCCACAUAAUGGGAACCCUACAUAAUGCAGUUUACACUGUAGGUAUAAUACUCUGUUAUGUGCAGACGAUGAGUCUCGGUAACGUGGCUGAAGAUAUGAUGACCAAACCACACGACGGAGAAUGAAGAAACGACGUUUCAGUCCAACCUGGACCAUUAUCAGGUUGUGGCUAAUGGUCCAGGACAGAUUAACAACAUGCCUAAUAUGAACCUUAGUCCUGGCUUUGUUGUUGUUGUUGACAGUAUAUAUCUGUGACCCUUUCAUGGUAUAUACUAAAAUACUCUAACCUUAACAAAUGUGAUCAACUUAAGAAUGAAAGAGCUUAUCCCUUUUCUUAUUCUUACCUACCUCUUAUUCUGAUCCUAUUCUUGCCUUUUUCUCUUACCGCCUUUCGACCUCUCAUCUCGUUCUCUUGCCAUAUUGAUUUGUCUAUUCCUUCCUCUCCUCUAUCACACGACUUCAUAAUGGUCCAGGAUGGACUGAAAUAUCGUUGUUUCUUAAUUUUCUGAUGUGGGGUUUGGUUAUUGCUCUGUUGUGUGAUUCAGUCACACUGCAUAAUAUAAUUUUAAAUAUGUAAUCAUACAAUCAGCUUGUAAUUCACCAUUUACUAAUUUCCAUUAAUUUUGUUGAAAAAAACUAAAAAAAGGUGAUCAGGAUUUUGGUCACCAGCUGCAGUCCUAGUGAUCAGCGAUACUUAAUCACCACCAAAAACUUUUUGUAAUUUUUGCCCAUGCUCUAAAUUGUUCAAAGUUUGCUUAUUGAAUACUUUAAUUAUUAGAUGUAUUUGGUUGAUGAUUUAUUUCUGAAUUAUAUGUACUGAAAGUAAUUGAAGUGUUUGAGUUGGCAGUGUGGUGUAUGUUCUGGCCAAGUUACACUCCUGCUUGUCACUAGUGACAGACAAUAUACUCAUUUUUAUAGACUGGUUAUCUCCAAAAUGUUUGCCUCGGACUCUGGCAUUACAAGGUGAAGUCUGGGAAGAUUUAAAAGUAAAUAAUUUUGCACACUCUUUUGGUGCCUCUGAAAAAUACUCUGCAAUUUUUUUGCAUGAAAAUGACAUCCUUGCAAAUUUUUGAGAGGUUUAUCUUUAAAUUUUGUUUAGUUUUCUAGUAGAAAAUUAUUAAAUUCAUGUUUCUACAUAUUUAGAUACAUAAAUAAUAUAGUGUAUAGCAUAAACAAUGAAAUUGUUUAUAAAAUAUAUUUGCAAUAAAUACACAAGAAAAUA